AUGACAGGAGAGGGCUGUGCUUUAAACGCCAAACGGAAGACGUGCAUAUCGAAACUUAGUGGUACAAUCUGCGAAGGACCUCAUAGACUGACCUUCCUCUAAAGGGUCUGAUUUGGAGUCUAGAUUCAGGGACACAAAGAAGAGGUUACUGAUUUUCAGUUUGAAGCAGUGCAAAGAUGUCAUAUAUACGGGAUCAAUUUUAUAACGAGGCAAUCAGGCCGAAUUUGGCUCGUUUUUCAUCAUUGGUCAAAGUGAGAGAGAUCUUGCCUAACCUGCCAUGCCUCACACUCAGUGAUAGGGAAGAGGUUGAAGCCAAGAAAGACACCUCUGGAAACUUCAUUGCUAUGCAGACACUUCUGGACAAUCUGCGCAGGCGAGAGAAAUGGCCUGAUGAGUUCAUCACUGCACUCCGGAACUGUGAAUAUAAGGAGCUGGCUGAUGAGAUGAGUGCUAUUUAUGACAGGAUCAGGGGCAUCACAAAAAAUGCUGCUCCUGCUGCUCCUACACCCAGACCAGCACCUACUCCAGCUCCUUCUUAUACUUCAGCUGGUGCCACAACAACCGUGACCACAGCAACAAUUCAUACAGUCCCAGUGACCACUCCUUCUCUGCUGACUCCAUCCUCAGGGGGAGCUCCAGCAAGUUCAACUGCACCCUCUACUGCACCCUCUAACGCUGCAGGCCCAGAACCAGAACCAUCUCCGGCUCCGGCUCCGGCUCCGGCUCCGGCUCCUGCUCCUGUGACACAGCAGGUGCAGAAACCUCCUACUCUAGUUCCAGAACCUUCUCCUGAACCAGUUUCCAAAGCUGAAAUCACACCUCCUGUUGUAGCUCCUUCUCAAGAACCUCCUCCUGCUUUACCUGUUCAGCAAAAUGUCCCAACUGAGAACAAAACACCUGCUUUAGAUAGUUUAGCUGGCUUGUCUUUAACAGACCAAACCACCGUCCCCUCAUCAACUGGUGAGGCUUUCCUCUCCACUUCAAAUGCUCAAGCAUCCUCCUCAGACAUUUCCACUUCUCAGAGCCAAAAGCCUUACACCACCUCCCAGACUUCACCGAAGUCAAAGAAGACUGAAAUGCCGAAAGCAGUCAGCAAAGAUAUUGACACUUCUGAGAAACUUCCUGUCCAAGACACCAAUCCCCCAUUGAGACUGGAAAGGACGUUCCAGGAGCCAGAAGAGAUCUCUGACCCAACUGCAAAUGAGGUCAUUCAAAGGAACAACACCGCUGAAUUGCCAGUUUUGGAUGCUUCAACAAAUUCUACCAGAACAGCUCAGGCAACAUCUUCUGCACCUGCUGAGGUGGUUACGCACUCUCCCUUUUCUGUCGAAACAGAAUAUUUCAGCAAGCCUGGUGAACUUCAGCAUCAAGAACUGCAGCAGAACAGAGCAGAGAAUCUUUCUCCCUUGCAAGAGGAGCCUUGCUCAGUGGUUUCAGAUGAGUUGGAGAUCAGCAGAGCAAUAGUGCCUUCCACAGAACCUGGACAGUCUACUAGUCCUUCAGAGCAGAUCUCCGCUUCCCUUGAUUCUGCUACUCAGUCUUUUCAAGACCCUCCAUUCGCUGCUGCUCUUUUAGCCUCUAACCAGCCUGAGGAGGACCACUAUGAAUCUUUCUGUGAAAGUCAUACACAGAUCAAUGUAAUUCGGUUUGCUGAAGAGCCAUCUGCUGAAAAUAUGAAUGGUCAGCCACCAAGCAUCUUGCAACACAGAGUCAGCUCUAAAGACCAGCAUGCCCUGAACUAUGCUGGCACAGAAAGCGCAGUUCAUCUCCUUGAGCCACCUGAGCGUGAAAGUACAAAGUCAACCACCAUCAAUGUUCGAGAGGACGAAUCCAAUGCUGCUAGGCCAGAGCAGAGAGGAGAGGGGCGCCAAGAGUUAUUCAGGAUAAACAACUUCCACCUUAUUGCUGCUACAGGGAUUGGUCUGUCUGCUAUGUUCUUGGCCUGGAAGUUCACUCACAAAUGAAGAAAUUCUAAACAUGUACUUAUUCUCAUGUUGCAUGAAGAAACUAUGAUUUUUCUUUUUCAGUCAAACACAAAGGGACUAAGCAAAAUUUCUGAGAUGCUCUUUCCCAUAAACAACAGUAACUGGUGCUUUCAAUCUCACAAAAGGACAAAACAUACCAUGUUUGUGCUAUAUACCAAGUCUAUAUAUCAAGGUUUAAUUGGGGUUAGAGCUAAACUCUGUAGGACAGUGGCCCACCAGGAAUGAGUUUGGACACCCCUGCAUUACAGUGUUCAAGAAUUUGAUGUAUUGUGAGUUGUGAAAGGUUGGAAGAAAACAUCCUGUGUGUGACAGAUCAUGAAUAUAAGGAGCUGCUGCAUAACCUAUCGGACGUUUAUGAAAAAAUCAUUUGGAACAUAUUACAUGGACUGGACAAUUGCUCCAACCUUCUCCGUUAGCUCCCUCACAGAAGACUCGCAAGAGUGUUUGUUCUCAGACUUAUCUUGUUUUUCAUGAAGCUUCAUUCACAGAUGCUUCAGUGAACUCCCCAUCACCAUCCCAUAUUAGUUUCAAAGUGUGCAUGCACACACAGGACGCUGUUCACUUUUGACAAAAUCAAAUGCAUUCUCCUAAUGUCUGCUGUAAGAGGUACCUAUAGUGGAGUGACUAUUAAGACAGAUUAAGCUAAAUACAAGCAUAACCAAGUGCCCCAUGUGUGAAAGAUUAGAUUAUAUUGUUUAUAUUGCUGACAACAAGCGUUUUCUGCAGAAGUCUCAAUGUCCAGUUCACAACAGUAAUACUUUGAUAUGUAGCUGAAAAGAUCAUUUUCAUUUUUGACUCUUUUAUCUUACAGUGUAUUCCAGGUAUAUUUUUUAAGAAAUUCAAACUUAUGUACUUUGGGGUUGCUAGCAGCAUUGCCCUAUCGUUUGAGCGGCAGAAUUAACAUAAGAUUCAUGCUAUUAGCAUUAUCAUUAUUGACAUUAUCUGUGUAAGGGUAAACUGCAACAUAUAGAGGACCAGCACUUACACUUACAUGUAAACAACAGCAUGCACAGAUUGCACAGUUAAGGUACUACUGAAAAUGUUGUUUUGCCCGUUUAUACUGUCUAAACCACGGCUGGAAAUUGCUAAAUCAUGUAGAGAAGGACAUAGAAAGCAGGAAAGGGUACAAUAUAUUGACAAACUAAAAUUAAUAGGUGGUAAAGACACACAGAGCAGUAUUAAUUAAGAUAUUAGCCUUAUAUUUUACCUACCUGACGGGGAAAGAUAAGAACAAACAUGAAAGUUGUCAAGAUUCUUGUCCAGGAAUUCCUGGUUUUGUUCGGGCAACCACAAAUGCCCUUUGUUCCUGAGAUAGUUUUUUGCACCCUUCUCCUUGAUUUGUUAAAACUUUUGGCAGUCUGUAGUACUCUUAAUGUUUUUCCCAGUCCAACCGAUUACUACACCCUAAAACAUGACAAUAAUUGACCACUUUCAGCAGCACUAAUCAGCAAAAUAUUCGAGUUUCGUUCAGUUCAGUGACAUUGUUUAUAUACAGUGCCGCCAAUAUGGCUGAUUGAUGACGUUGUGAAAACCCUCUACUGUAAGUAAACAUUGUGAAUGACUCUGAAUGAAUUACGUGUACACUUUAAAUGUAAUUCAUGUCAUUUUUAAUCAGCAACUGCACUUUAUCCACACUUUUUGAUGAAAUGAUUGAACCUGAUUUUAAAUGCACUGUAUGUGUUAAUGUUACUUCUGAUCUUUUAACUAGGCCUGUAUGUCUGCUAGAUACUGUGUUUCAGGGAAAUAUUUAUACUUACGCUAUUUUGCUGUUUUGCUUUUUGUGUGCUGGUCUUAAUCAUGCACAGUCCUAAUGAUUUCCAGAACAGUUUCUGAAAUAAAACGUUCUACCUUGA